AUGCACACAAUUGGUUGGUUUGAUGCAUUUCGUGAGAAUGGUGAUCCAUCGUGGUUUGGUGAUAAUCGAACUCCAGUUAUAUUCGAUCUGCAGAUAUUCGGCUUAGCCGCAGUAUUCAUAACACCGCUUAUUGCGUUCUUUCUUAUUCUUCCGGGUGUCAGACAACAUCGUAUUGCAUCGACAGUCACAUUUGUGUUCAGUAUGCUUGUUGGGGCUAUUAUUUUAGCAGUUCCACCAACCAACGACGACUCAGAUUCAAACUCAUUAUCAGCUCUUGAAUUCAAUGAGCGUUUCAAAUUUUUGAAUGUUUAUUCAAUGGAGAAGGAACUUGAGAACAGUUUACGAAAAGGAUUACCAUAUCCGAUACUUAAAGUGAUCGAAUACUUGAGCGUUGAUCGUGCUGGAUUCGUUUGGGGUAGGCAGUAUCGACUUGCUGGCUAUUACACUCUGUGUAUGUUAUGGACAACAUUUGGAAUGUGGUUGAUUCAAAUGUUAAUGUUGUGCUUGGCACCGCAUUACUUCUACAAAAUGGUGAUGACCGUUGGUUCGUGUAUGCUAUUUGCGGACUUUAUCUAUUUCUUGUACAUUCCCAAGAAUUUGCAAAUACGCUUUCCAUCUGAAGAUGGCGUCAUAGUGAAGGCGCCCGAAAUAGAUAGAUCAUCAAUGAAUGAAGAUAAUGAAGAUGAAGUAUGCGAAGAUAGACUGCACGGAUGGUAUCCUCGGCUGUUGGGAUGUCUAUCAGAUCAGCUCUCACACAAUAGCCCGACCGACUUUAGAAGUUCAAUUCUUUUGUCACUUAUAGCACGACUAAAUCUUACUCCUCUUAACGGUGAUUCGAAUCAAUUGCAAUCGAUUUGUGAUUCGUUAAGUGAAUUUUUGAGUACAGUUUCGUUGAGUGAAGUCAUUUCACAAACCCAGCCGUUAACAUUAUUGAAUGCUUUAACUCAUUUACCAACCAUACCCCAUACUCCAUUGGCACCCUGUGACGAUGAUGACGAGGGUGCUGAUGCUGGACGUGAAACUACCUCUCAGCAACACCGCAUAUCACCCAGGAAGGGCCCAUCGGUAUUUUUUUCCGAAUAUCUUCUGCAAGAAGAUUCCGAUGGUUUCUCAAUAUCUUAUAAGGAUCAUCCUCCUAUGCUACACGGUGACAAUUACGAUUUGGAUGAUGCCACUUUGUGUAUCCUUCACGAUAUGUGCGUUGCUGAUAUCGAAGAAACUCAUUCAGUUUUCGAAUGUGUCGCAUAUUCCCUCUCAAUUAUACCACGCAUAUCCAACUUCACAAACAACAAUCGUUUCUCGAAUAUUAUCGAUAAUUUUAUGCAUACUUUAAUGCCCGAUGUGAGUCAAGUGGAUCAGUUCUCGAAUUGGGUUCUGUUAUCAUCACUCCUUGUAAAAGGUGCUUUGUAUGCAGCUAAAAAUGAGAUCUGCAUUGAAAGGCGUUCAAAAAGUUUAUCGAAUGUGAUCGAAUUCUCGAUUGCCUUUGUUAAACAUGUGACCGAUAACAUUGGUUAUGGAUUGAAGGAGAGUUCGCAGGAAGUGGAUGUCAUUAAUUCUAACAAGUCGACUUUGUUGUAUUCACAUUUUGAUCACAUUUUCAAACUGAUUAUUGAGGAUGUAUCACCAGAAAUAAUCGAAUCGCUAGCUGAAAGGAUACAGUGUUGUGGUGUCGCGAAUAUUGAUUACAUUUUACGCCUACUUUCAAUCAUUUUUCCGGGUAAUGGAACUGUGAACGAAUUAUGUUCAGCGCUGUGUGCUCGAAUGGAACGUGACUUAAGUGUUGGUCGUUCAGAUAUUUGGACGUUGAUUGCAGCCAGAGAGUUCUCGAUGCCGUUGUUAUCAGUUGCUGAUCUACUUUACGCAUUCAUUUCCAAAUACAAUCUAACAGAUGAUUAUUUGUUAUGCGUCCCUCAAUUUACUGCAGAUUUAUCGGAAUCGUUGAUGCGUCGGUUGCGUGGAUGUAACGGUGUAUUUAUUGAUGUGUGUUUGGAUUGGAUUCAGUCGUCGACAAAUCAGUAUUCCCAUUUGAACAGAAUUGGAACAUUGUUUGCGGUCACAACGGCGAUUGUUCUGUCUUGUGAACGAUUAUCUUCUAUGGUUCAGUUCAUGGAACAGUUAGAGAGUGACACAAUAAGUAGUAUUCAGAGUCCAGUUUCAUUACGGCUAAUAUAUUGCUUAACGUCAGCCCUUUUCGACUACUCGCUAGAACCACUGAUGAAACGUGCUCAGUAUCAUCAUCACAGCUGCAUUCAGUGUCAAAGUCUUCAUAGUGUAUGCGAACAUGAGUUUGUGGAACGUGCUCGAAUGCAGUUUCCGUCAUUGUCUCUGAUGGCGAUUGGCAUACUGAGUGAUGCAGUAAAGCGAUGCAGCCAAUUAAGUGAUUCCGAUGAAUACUAUAUUAAAUUGGGAAUGCUGAUUUAUUUUCAGAUGAUCGAUCGUUGGCAGGUAUUGAUUGAAAAUCUGGUCUGUACAUCCGUAUCAGUUGAUUGUUUUGGUGCUGUUUUGGACGUUUAUUCGAAUUUUAUCUCAUUCGAUAACCAAUCAAAUCGACUAAAAGUACUCAUCAAGUUGAUCCGUAAAGCACCUCAUUUGCAAUUAACCGUUUUGGAAAUUUUAUUGGGAUUAGUGGAAAAGAGCGCGAUCGAACCGAGCGAAUGCAUUGCUUUUCCACAAAGUGCAUUGGCAGACAUACCACUCGAUAACGAGAACGAUGAAAGGCCGGAUAAUGUCGCCGCGGAUAAGAAUGUGCUGAAAAGGUCAUUGCCCAGCACAUCGUUGUUCAUGUCUACGUUGGAGAAGUUUUUCUCGUUGACUACGGAUGAUUCGAAGAAGAUAUGCAGUCCACGAUCAGAAUCGCAAGAUCGCCGACAGUCACCGUCAUCUUCCAUUGUGAUUGUUGACGAUGACGAUGAGAAGUCGAUGUUACUGGGUACGAAUCCAGAUGAAACUGACAAAGAAUCCACAUCUCGCUCAUCGCCGUUUCUGCGUUCAUCUCCGGAUAUAUCAUUCGCCGCCGAACUGUCAUUGGGAUCGCCUUUUAACGUAUUCCUCAGUGAUGGUAUCAGCGUAUCUUUUUGGAUACGUCUAAACGUUCCAUUGAAUAAACAGAUUGAUGUGGGAGACGAACCUCGUCGAAUAUCUAUUUGUUCGCUCGGUUCCAUUGAUUAUUCGUUUUCGCUUCUACUCUCGCCUGAUGCUCAGAGCGUUUAUAUCGUGAACAUGUUAAAUGGAUGUGUGGUGAUGCGGAAGCGUUUGAGAUAUUCAUUGACUGCUUCGCAAUGGACUCAUUGUGUCAUAUCGUUCAUUGUGGAACAGGGAAUGUAUUCCGUCAAUGUAACAAUAAACAGUCAUUCAACAAAUUUGACUGGUGAAUGUCCACCGAUAUCGAAUCUCUCAUCAAAACCAUUCAUAUUCGCAUUCGGAGCGCUUGAGAACGGUCCGGAUCAUACGGACAUAUCCUUUGAUUUAUCGACGAUAUUUGCUUUCAAAGGUGCACUAUCGAGUCAGUAUGCGUUGUUGUUACGUGCGCUCGGAUGUGAGUGUUGUUCGUUGGCUGAGACACGCGUGAUAAACAAUUUGAAUGUGGCGCUGAAUAAUCUGAUUAAUCCGUCAACCGUUUUGUCACCGUCGAUAUCGAUUCUGAGUUUGUUGGGCGAUACUGAAAUGCAUUUGUCACGUCUCCAGCGAUCAUUUCUUUUCGUUAUUCGCAGUUCAUCAGCACACUCAUUUGGUGUCAGCAUUCUGCAACCAGGUAUAGAUGCGCAAGUGGCCAUAAGCGAAGGUGACGGGUCAGUGCUUGGCUUGACGAUGCUUCAAGAUUAUCCAAUCUAUUGGCGUUGUCGUAUUGCACAGCAGCAAAUCUUGUCAAUCGAACAUCUGUUCAUACCACUCGGAUCCACAGUUGAUAUGCAUUGCGAUAGCAAUGUGCAGUCGAUAGCGUUGCGCCUUCUGAUGACAUUUUCACAUCGCACACCGUCGUCAAUGAGCGAAUUCAUAAAAUCAUCAGGAUAUGCGAUAAUUGCGAGAUGUUUAUCGUCACAGUUUGCAUUCAUCGAUUUACCUGUCGUUAAUGAGGUUCUUCGUUGGUGUAUCUCCGAACUGGAAUGGAAGACGAACGAAGUCGCAAGACCGACGCCUUUAUCUCUUAUCAUCGAUCCAGACCUGAUAUGUGCGCUAUUUUGUUGUGCCGAUAUUUGGAAGGGGAAUGAUCGGUUCGUGCACUGGAUUCAUCUGGCAGAAACAAUAGCCGUAUGUCUUUCGGAUACUUUCGCACGUUGUUUCGACUUCAACACAGCGCAGUUGGUUCGAGUUCGUUUCCUCACAGAACUCUUCAAUACAUGCAACAUAAUGUUGCAAGAUGCCAGAAAUUUCCAUGCUGAACACGGUGAAGCCGUGAGAUUGGUUAAAUCGCUCACUGUCAUAAUAUCUUGUCUUAUUGGAUCGCCCGAAACAACUGAUGCAGUGAUUUUCUUAUGGCAUUUCAUCCUCUUAUCACAUCCAGCUGCGGACGCGUUCCUGCAGUAUAAUUCGUGUGGACAUAACGACUGGAUUAAAUCUGAAUGCAUCAGUGAGCUUCGGAUGGAUAUUAUCAGUGGUCAGUCGGCAUUGGCGUUGCGCUUAAAUGAUUACGUUCGAUUGCUGGGUGCAGGUUACGUAGCAGAUUGUUGGACAAGGCAACGUUCAGUGAUUAGUUUACGCUCGGCGUAUGAAACGGCGUUGCAGAAGAGUGUUGCCGAUGAAGAAAGUCGUUCAUCCAGCAGUGCAUCUCCGUCCGCCUCGAAACAGCUCAUCAGUCAACCACAGCAACAAGACCAAUCAAAUCAUUCUGUACUACCUGAUCUUGUGAAAGGUAUUGAACAAGAGUUGAUCCAAGAAAGCGCAGGAGAGGACACUACGGCUGACGAGGAUGAUAUGAAUAAUUUGGAACAUAAUGCGGAUGGUCGUGAAGAUUCGGAAUGUCACUGGACUGGUGCACUUCGUUGUGGUGCGAUAGAGCUGUUAUCAGUGGUGAUUCAGAAUGGAACGGAUUCACUGAUAAUGGCAAUCCUACAUGAUGCCAUCAGUUGGCAGUCGAUCAUUGUUUUACUGUCAAAUCAAGACGAUGUCACUUUCCGCGAUUCCGUCUUUGUUUUGCUUCAGAAUGUCUUGUUACGUUCUCCAUGUGCCGUUCGAGUUUCAUUCGUCAAAAAUAAUGGAUUCGCAAUUCUGGCCAAUCACAUACGAUCGCAUCCGAUUACCUCAGUUAUUGCGAAUACUUUAUUUUCGGUUUUGUGUGGUGAAUAUGUUCGAUUGGAUGAAGGUUUGGACUCGACUCAUUUACAACAAACAUUUGUUGACAAUUUCACUUGUUCCGUAUUCGAUGCGAUCUUUGUGAUGUGGGAGGAAUGUGUCACUGUAUCGGACUUGUCACUCUUCUGGAACGUCACCUCUGCGCUUCUGAAGAUAUAUGAAGUGAACUCGCUCUUAAUGCAGGCAAUGAUCGAUGCGCAUUUAUGUGAAACUCUUGUUAACAUUUUACGUCGUAUUGCCUUAUUACCUGAAAUGUGCGAGGGAUACUUCUUUCAAGCGACUGAUCUGGAAAAUGUAUCUUCGUUAACUCCACUCAUCGAAAGUUGGUCGUUAUUCGCCAAACGUAUCAUCAUCACAUGCGUUCCAUAUAACGAUACUCAUCAUUAUGAGAUGUGUCAACGUUUUGUUUGGCUGUUAGAGUUUGCACUGGUGAGUUUGUCGGAUGAUGAAAAUGAACAAACCCGAAGUGCUGUCAACUUAAUUCGAUCAGAGCUGUGUUCGCUGCUAUCUUGUUGGUUGAUAACGAUACACAACGUUUAUGCUGACGAAGAUGGUUCUUCAUCAGCUGGUUCAAGUUUUCGUGAUGAUCAACUGGGUGAUAUUGAGAACGAAGGGAUUGGGCCUUCGCUGGCGUCAACUCUUCAGGGUGUGUCUCCGAUGAGUUCGUUCUUCACCGAUUCGUUCAGUAACCUACGUGAAAAAAUGGCAUCUCUUGGCGAUCAGAUGAAAUGUCGGUACAAAUGGCGUUAUCGAGUUCAGUUGGCACCGCUGAACGAGAACAUAAAUCGAACGUUAUUUUGUUUGGAAGCAUGUUUGCAUCUCUUUACUGCUAUUCCGAGUGCCUUUCUUCAAACAACAUCUGAUGCUGAGAAUUCCCUUUUCGAACACUUUCUGGGGUUUCUCUUCUCAACGUGGAAAAGAGACCAAGAUAUAAUAGCGAUGCGUCCGGGUGCUUCAAGUCGUGCUCAGUCGUGGGCUCACUUAUUAGCAGCAUGUCGAGAUCGUGCACGCCUCUAUCUUGGUCAACUCAUCGCAUUCGUACUCUUUCCAGCUGAACGUAAAAUUGAUUCUCUGUUGAAACCGUCCUGUCGUUGUUCAUCUGAGCUUAAUUGUGAUGCGGCACUUACAAAGCGUAUGUUGUUGGUGCGUUCACUGGCGAAUGAUCUGCCGUAUAAAAACACUCUGAAGACAUUACUUGAUAUUAAUCUGGAUUAUCAGUACGCUAUGAAUUUAGCGCUUCACGAGCUCGCUCUUUGUGAAGAUUGUUUGAAUGCCGAAAAUGCAAGAGAUGUUGAAAAGUUAAUCCGGUUCUUAAGAAAUCUACAGAUCGAAUCUCCACUCUCUAAUUUAGCACCAGAACGACUGAUGUGUUUGACAACAGAUGAAUCACUUGCACUGCACGGUUAUGUGGAUCAUCGCAAUCUUUUCAUUCAGUCGUUGCGUGAACGUGUCACGGCCAUCUGUGAAGGUGAACGAAUCAGUGCAGAACCAAUAUCCAAUAAUGCAAUGUCGUUGACAUGUGAAGUUGUUGAUGAACAAAAUUUGAGUCGUAAACUUUUUCUGCGUUCGUGUCACUGUGCUGAGACGAGCUGUGUCUAUGCUGAACGCAUCAUUUCGGCGCUUUCAGUGCAGUUAUGUCAUCCAGAAGCAGUGUGUUUCGAUGAGAAAUCAUGGCCACUGAGUUGGACUCUUGAUCCGACUGAGGGACCGAACCGAGAGCGAAGACGCUUAAAAGCCGACCAUUUGAACUUUGAUCUACGUUUCGUGCAGCCCGAAUUCGCCUUCAAAUUAGACAAUCGCGAAAGGCCAUUUCCGCUUUCGAAUUUGUUGUGUGGACGUCGUACAAGUCCGAGGGGAUGGAGCAUGAUGGAGACUCUGGCUGAUGACGAGCGAAUACGUGUUUCGUUACCUGCCAAGGUGGUUCGAUCAACUGUUGAGAGUCUUGGUGAAGUUUUACUCGGUGACGUCAAAUUCUAUUUCUUCGGAGAUGACACUCGAUCUACUCAGAAAGGUGUCUCGCAUUCAACAGUAAUGAUAGCCGUAUGGGAGUAUUCAUCUGUGGUUGAAAUAUAUAAGCGACAUCACCUCCUCAAAGAUAUCGCUGUUGAGAUCUUUCUUUCUGACGGUCAAACAUUUCUGAUUGUUUUCGAAGAACAAGCGAAUCGAGAUCAUUUUAUGUCACAGUUGCUCUCAAUGGAUCUGUCGAAUUUGAUCAAUUCUCCGCAAAAUCUUCAUUCAAUUACACAGUUAUGGCGUGAUGGUGCAAUGACUAAUUUUGAAUAUUUGAUGCAGCUAAACAAAUUAGCGGGACGAUCUUUCAACGAUUUGAUGCAGUAUCCAGUAUUCCCAUUUGUACUUUCCAACUAUUCCUCUACAAUUAUCGAUCUCACUGAUGCAUCUUCUUAUCGAAACUUAUCCAAACCGAUGGCAGUUCAAAACAAACGGAUGGAGAGCCACUAUCUUGGUGUUUAUGCAUGCUUAGAGGCUGAGGCGAAUCGAUCCACUCAGUCACGCGCGAACCCACAUUCACCAGUCUGCUUUGGUCCCUAUCAUUAUGGAAGUCAUUAUUCAAACAGUGGUAUUGUAGUGCAUUAUUUGGUGCGACUACCACCAUUCACUGAUAUCGCUCUUGAAUAUCAAGAUAAUAACUUCGACAUCGCUGAUCGUUUAUUCAACUCUGUCGAAACAACAUGGCGCUUAUCAAGUUCCGAUUCGACAACCGACUUCAAAGAGCUCAUUCCCGAAUUCUUCUAUUUACCGGAAUUUCUGGUGAACAAUGAGCAUUUGAAUAUGGGUAUUCGUCAGAAUGGCGAUGUCGUUAACGACGUUGUUUUGCCAAAAUGGUGUGGUGGUUCAGCGCGUCUUUUUACAUUGAUCCAUCGGCAAGCACUAGAGUCGUCGAUAGUGACUGCAAAUUUACAUUCGUGGAUCGAUCUUAUAUUCGGCUACAAACAGUCUGGUCAAGCAGCCAUUCAAGCCAUAAACACGUAUCGUGGUGGAAUACUAGAAGACGCAACUGAAAAACACGAUCAUUUAUCGCUAUCAGCACUUCGAACGAUGGUCCGAACAUACGGUCAAAUGCCCAUUCAGUUAUUCCACUCACCACACCUACCUCAUUUAACGGCUAAAUCGAGUCAGUACUUCAAAACUAAAUCACCGAAUGUGCUCAGCUCAGUGAACGGCAUUCGAUGGGGUGAAUUCGUUGGUAGUCCCGAAUCGGAGAGCGGUACACCGAUUGUUGUAUUGAAGCAACGAGGCACUCGAGAAAUGGGCCAUAUCAGUCAUUUGUUCGUUACUCCCGAUGGAUCCUGUUAUGCAUAUCCAGAUAAAACACUAUUCCUUCCACAGUACAAAGUUGGUUUUCGAUCGCGCGAUCUAGUGUGCUCUGCGCUUUUAUCGUGGCGAUUUACGGACACCGUAAUGCGUUUUCGUACUCUCGGUGCAUCUCCUUCCUUCUGGGUGAAUCUCAUCGAUUUGCAAACAUUCUCGAUCAGCGCAAUCGCUUAUUCUGCAUCUGAUCAACUUCUUUUCAUUGGUCUCUCAUCAGCGAUCAUUCAAGUUUAUCGUAUUUCCUUCAAUGCUAAGGGUUUGGAAGAAUGUAAAUUCGAAACAACAUUGUAUGGUCAUGAAAGUGAAGUGUGUACGAUAUCGGUGUGCAGUGAAUACGCAAUAAUGGUGAGUGGUUGUGUCGAUGGAAAAGUUUGUGUUUGGGAUGUAAAUCGUUUGUCGUUCGUACGCACUCUGGUCGGUUCUGCAUCUGAAUCCGCGAAAAUCACCUGUAUUAGUCCAGUUACUGCUGAUAUUGCAGUAGUUUUUCAGUCUGGAUACGGCAGUCGUGUUUGCUUGUAUACAGUAAACGGUGAACGCGUGGGCUGUUUAGAGACUGACAUAACGGUGACAGCGCUGGGAAUGACUUCGUUGGCUGAAGGAACAGCAGUUAAUUGUCUUGCGUUGGGCAUGCAGAAUGGCAUUGUGAGGUUACUUGAUAUGUGGACAUUGAACCCUGUUCGGGAUAUCUUCAACUACAAUUUCUUGGAGCCAAUUGUCAGCAUGAGUUUCGCGUCACGUUGUACAAGGUUAUUUGUAUGUCUUGCGUCAGGCAGUGUUCUCUGCUGGCAAGGCGAAAGUAUGGUAUCAAAACGACAUCCUUCAUUAACGUUCCUCAGUGCAAAUAACAACAGUUCUUAG